GCUAUUUCCCAAAACUUCCCGUUCUCCUAGCUUAGUCCCAUAAUUCCUUAAAAAGGUCUUAGCUCAUCCUAACUAAUUAAAUAAUCUCUUGCAUAAAUCUCCUAAAAAUUCUCAUGAACUUCCCAAAAGAAAUCCAUUACCCCUCAAACUACAAAUUCUGACUUCUAAUAACUUAAAACAUAAACCAAAAUCAUUAACUAUAAUUUACACCUUCAUUAACCCCUCCUUCUUAUUUACUAUAACAAAACUAAUUUUCGAGCCUAUGCCACAAAUGCCUAAAAUUCUGGUAUCCAAUUUAUAACGUAGAAGAUAUACUCUAGUUUCACCUAAAAUAAAAAAAAAUGUAAUAGAAAUAUUCUUACAACACUUUAAUAAUUUAAAACCGACACCAUCUAAAUUUUUAUAAGUAGCGAGUCCGCUCUAACAAUUACCAAAUAAUUUAUGAACAAACAUACGUGUAUAUUGCUUAUACUAAAAUUAUCAAAUCUAGUAAAAACAUUCGCAUACUAUUUAACUGAAAUAGUCUUCCCACCAAUUUAUUUUUAUAAUUAGGACAACAGCUCCAAAAAUUCUUGAAUUAAUAUCCAAACACCCUAUUGAUUUGUUCUUAUUUAUAAAAUUAUCCUACCAUGAAAAUGAAAUUACCCCUAAGUCCUUAUACUUUUCGAACAGACAGUAAUGGUACCUGAACUAUCUGAUUCACGUCUCAAACUUUAGAGACUCGUAUCUUCCUCGUCCGACGUUGAAACUCGAUUCCGUCGAAACCGGGGUGCUACUGAGAUUUCCCCCUUCACGAUGAUACCAAGGUUUCGAUGCUUGGUGGUGAUUGACUACGCCGGGACCGCCAUCGAAGCUCUACCGUUCCAUAUGGAGAACGCUUUUGGUCGAUGACGACGUUGGCGUUGGCCUUCCGGGACGGAGUACUGGUUGGCGCUGCUACUGCUCGUUUGCUCUCGCAAGCAGGCUUGGUUGCACGAAGCUUCUCUUGCGGUGGAAUGGUGAUGACAACGAUGGAGGAUCUUUAUUCCUUCUUUCUUUCUAUUUCCCUCUCCUUCGGUUCUCUUUGCCUACUGCAAUUUACGGUGGAGGAGGGUUUAAUGUAGUAACGGCUUGGUGGGGGGGGGGGUUAAAGUAGGCGGUGGUGAUAAUAAUGAUUAUAGCUUGCCAUGGGAGAGAAAACGUGCAGUGAGUGAUGAGUGAUAAUUAUUUUUUUUUUAUGAUAAUAAUAAUAAUUAUUAUUAUUACUAUUAUCUCUAAUCUAAGGUCGAACCCUUCGUACGUAAUCGUCAAUCAAAAUGUUCGGUCGAACCUAGACUUCAAAUGUCGGGAUGUUACAGAUUAUCUCACAAGCAGCUCGUUCUUGGAAGCCAAUCAACGAAGUAGAAGUAGGGGCAAUUGCUCUUCGAAGCGGAAGAGAGGCCAAAGAGUUACCCCCAAAGAAGAAGCUGCUCGCAGCAGAGGAGCAACAAGUCGUCGAUAGCUUCCCCGCAUAGCAGGAGGCCAUAAGUGAAAAGGAAAAAGAGAAUGCCAAUCCGACCCCUCAACCGGAGUGAGAGAAGGAAAAAGCAACCCCAACUCUCCCCUAUCCUUCUCGACUUCGCAAUGACCGCAUGGCAUAAAGUUUAUGGAGUUGAUGAACCAGUUGCAUUUGAACAUCCCCUUCAUGGAGGCCGUUACCCAAAUGCCCAAGUACGCCAAAUACUUGAAGGACCUCCUCACCAACAAGAAAAAGCUAGAGGGGGUAGCAAUGGUGAGCUUGAAUGAGGAAUGCUCCGCCGUCUUGCAGAACCAAUUGCAUGCGAAGCGAAAAGAUCCAUGGAGUUUCACUAUCCCUUGCUUUAUUGGUAACAUGUGCAUAAGAAAAUCCUUGGCGGAUCUAGGAGCUAGUAUAAAUGUGAUGUCCUAUAAGCUGUUUCAAAAGCUAGAACUAGGAGAACUUAGAUCCACUAUGAUGAACAUUCAAUUGGCGGAUAGGUGUAUAGUACGGCCUAAAGGUGUUCUGGAGGACUUACUCAUUAAGGUAGGACCUAUCAUUUAUCCUGUCGACUUCGUCAUCUUAGACAUUGAUGAGAAUGUUAAGGUCCCCCUCAUCUUGGGUAGGCCUUUAUUAGCCACCGCCAAGGCUUUGAUUAAUGUGCAUGGGGAAAAGUUGGUGCUUAGGGCAGGGGAGGAAGAGGUUACAUUCUCUGUUGAUGAUAGCAUGCAGUUGUCUGGUUUCCAUGAUGAUUUUGAUUAUUGCGAAGAGGUUUUUGACUUCAUGGAGGCACUCGCAUCAGCGGGUGCCCUUACUUCUGACCUUUUUGAGGAGUGUUGUUUGGUAGGAACGGACAUCACGGACUCCCUGGAGAAUGGAAGCCAACCCCCACAAGAUCAAGAAGUGGAGGCCCUACCCUCAAUGCCUAAAAUCUCUACCUCUUUGAAGGAACCCCCUGAGUUGGAGUUGAAGCCUCUGCCUCCUCACAUCGAAUACGCCUUUUUGAGGGAUGAUGGAAAGCUUCACGUCAUCAUCAACGCCAAUCUUACAAUGGAGCAGAAGGCGAAAUUAAUUGGGGUCCUAAGACGUCAUGAGAGGGCGAUAGCAUGGAAGAUCACAGAUAUCCGGAAAUUGGGCCGAACAUUUGUUCACACAAGAUCCAUCUGGAGGAGGGUGCCAAACCGGUUCGGCAACUGCAAAGGUGAGUGAAUCCUAAUCUGGAAGAAGUGGUGAAAGCAGAAGUGAUUAAGCUAUUGGAUGUCGAGAUUAUCUACCCUAUCUCGGAUAGCCAAUGGGUAGAGGGUGUGCAUCGACUAUCGAAGAUUGAACGAUGCCGCUCGUAAAUAUCACUUUUCUUUGCCUUUCAUCGAUCAAAUCCAGGAGAGGCUUGCUGGACACGAUUACUACUGCUUCCUAGAUGGAUGUCAGGAUACUUCCAGAUUCCAAUCGUCCCAGAAGAUCAUGCCAUCAUGCCAAGACAACAUUCACAUGCCUCUUCAGAACAUUCCAUUGAACGUAAUUCUCGUAUUAUAAUUUUGUUAAUAAAACUUCAUUUAGAUUAUUAUGAGGUUAGGACAAUAAAUGCAAAGAUUUUAGUUAUUAGGAAGUAUUUUGACGUAUUAGAAAUGAAACAAGAGAAACUUAAUCCACAUUCAGCUUUUCAUAUUAAGGAUUUUAAAUGAAUACAACUAAACAAGAUGAUUAUAUUUAUGCAUGAUAGACCAGCAACCCAACUGGCUAAAAUGCUAGUCGUAUAGCUCGUCCGUUCCUCAAGAACUAGGGUUUGAAACCCUGUCACCGCCAUUUUUGGAUUUCUCGUUUUAUUUCAGAGAAAGAGGAAGGGUAGUUUCGUAAAUACUCAAAAAUACGGUGGCAAGGGGCUGUAAAUGCGACCUAACCCUAGGGGCAAUUUAGUCAUUUAAAAAGUCAUGGUAUAUAACUCUCUUAAACAAAACCCUAAUUGACUCUAAGCGGCUAGCCGCUGUUCUGUUCUUCCCCUCUCUCAAUUUCUCUCGAUCCUUCCCCUCUGUGCGGUCUUUCGGAAGACGAGACCCUAAGUCAAAGCCUUAAACAAAACAAACAGCAAACUCUAUUCCUCCUCUCUACUGUCCGUCGGAACCGCUCUUCUCUCUCGUCGCCGGUCAAGGAAUCUGACCACGAUGAACCUAAAUCAGAGACUUCCUCUCUAGAUGUAAGUAAAAUCGACAUGCAUGUUUCCUUUCUUUGCUUUUUGGUUUUUAAUAGGAUUUUAACCUUCCUUUUUCUGUUUGAAGCGAUGGUUUCUGAGUUUUGGUUUUGGUGACAAGGAGAACAGGUAUUCUGGUCUCGGAGGAAGGACGGGGUCACCGGUAAUGGGGUGUUCAUCUCGUCGGUGAUGACGAUCGACAACCAGACAAAUAGGAACAAGGAGAUCCGCAUAAGAUUGGCUUUGCCUGUGGAAUUUUAUUCGAUUUUUUUUUUGUGAAGAUGUGAAUUUCUGAUUUUCUCUGGGUUUCGGUAUUGAGCGAGGGGGAAGAAGAAAAAAAGGUCACUGGAGGAGAAAGCAAACUUGCCGUCAACGAGCAUCCCAGCGAGAAGAGAAGACAAGUGGGGGUUUUGUUCUAUAAUUUUUUUUUAUUUCGAUCUGGGUCGGAUCUGACCUCUACCCUUGUUUUGAAGCAGGUUAUGAAAAUGGACGAAUUUAGGUGAGGUUCCCAUAACCUCGGUUUAGUAUGGUUAUGAGUUUUAACCUCAAAACUAGAGUAUUUGUAGUGGAUUUGAAAUGGUUGGUGGAUCUGGAUUUUUAGGAAAUAUGAUUGUGUGUAUAUUUUGAUUGAUUCUGAAAGGGUGGUUUGUCUCUGGAAUUGGUUUUGAUUCUUAUUAUGCUAUCAAUCGUUUAAAGAAAACCAAAUCGGUUUGGAAUGGUAAGUUAGUCUCUAGUGAUCAGCGCUACUGCUUCUGAUCUAAUUAACAACAAAAAUCAAGAUUUUCACUAUUUUUAUAUAAUGUAACCAUUGGUAUUUUUAGUUGAACUACGGUGAUUUCUUUGAGAUCUAGAGUUUAGAGGGAGAAAUAAAUAUAGAAAUAUUAUAAUCGUGUUUAUUACAAAUAAACCACUGAUUUCUCUGUUAAAUAAGAAAAGUAUGUUCUAAAC